AUGAAUACAAACACAUUCGCCGAGCGCAUAGUAGCGGCGAUCAAAGGACGCCCUCUCUACCCAGGACUUGCAGCAGCAGCAGCAACACUUGGUUUGGGAUGGCUUGUGAGUGACUAUAGAACAUGGAAAGCCUUUGGUACAGGGGGCACACCGCCAAACGUGCUUGGCUAUUGCCGUAUGACUCUUCUGCGCAUUGUUUUCGCCUACCACAUUCCCAGUCAGACGGAUUAUAAAACGAUAAGCCCUGAAGGACAGUCCUAUCUAAAGACCAUCCCACCGCGUGCAGGCGGCCGCGCAAAGAUCAUGCCGCGCAUCCUGCCCCAAAGACAGUUUGUCGAACCCAUCGACCCAUCAACUCGCGACCGACUCAUGGACCUGAUGCGCCGCCUGGCCGAUGAACACCCGGAGCUUUUCGAGAUGAAACUGUCCCAGGCAGAAGGCGGUACUGCCGAUGGACUGUAUGUCCGCGACGAGGUCGUAGGGAUGAAUCACGAGGUCCGCGAAACCCGCAGGUUGGACAAGGAAAUCGCACACGCACACCCGUCUGAGAACAGCUUGCAUGUUUGGUUGAGUAACCUGGAUGCGCGCAAGGUUAUUGAGGCUGGCUGGGGCCAGCGGUUCCCUUUGCCCAUGACCCCGACUGGGUUUAUCAUGGUAUAUGCGCCGAGAAACAGCUCGGAGAUGGACGUGGUUGAGGAUAUUGUGAGAGCAAGCGCCCACUGGGCCACGGGUGUUGCGAUCUAA